GCGGCGGCGGCGGCGGCGGCGGAGGAGGACUUGCGGGCUAGCGGUCUGGCCGAGCGGGAUGAGCGGGCCCGAGGCAGCCGGCUCGGUGCGCGGGCUGCGAGUGGACGGGCUGCCCCCGCUGCCCAAGAGCCUGAGCGGGUUGCUGCACUCGGCGUCGGGCGGCGGCGCGUCGGGGGGCUGGAGGCACCUGGAGCGGCUGUACGCGCAGAAGUCGCGCAUCCAGGACGAGCUGAGCCGCGGGGGCGCUGGCGGCGGCGGGGCGCGGGCCGCGGCGCUGCCCGCCAAGCCUCCCAAUCUAGACGCCGCGCUGGCCCUGCUGCGCAAGGAGAUGGUUGGCCUCCGACAGCUGGACAUGUCCUUGCUCUGCCAGCUGUACAGCCUCUACGAGUCCAUCCAGGAAUACAAGGGAGCGUGCCAGGCAGCGUCCGGCCCAGACUGCACGUACGCUCUGGAGAACGGCUUCUUCGAUGAGGAGGAGGAGUAUUUCCAGGAGCAGAACCCCCUGCACGAUGGGAGGGAGCGAAGACCCCCGAGGGACCCCUCACUGCCCGUCUCCCCCCUCUGCAGCGGCGACUGGAUCCUGGAGUCCAUCUAAAGGGCCCAGGAGGGAGGCGACUGUCAGCGGGUGCUUCUCCUCUCCUCCCCCACUGCGGGCCGUCCCCGGGCCAGUGGGACCAGUGCCGCCAGUUUAGUCUGCAGGCAGGGAGAUCUGCCUGGGCGCGGGGCCUUGGGCCGUUUCGUGGGCCCGUUUCUACUGAGGUGACCUGGAGGCGUUCAGCAAUCUCCUCACAGCCUGGUCCUGAGGCCCUGCGGCCAAGGAUUUGUACGGAGAGCAUACUGAGGGGGUCCCUGGAGAAGACCUUCUCGGGUAUUUUGUGUGAGAUGAGAGGACCCGUGUGUAGCUGGCUGCUUUCUCACAGGUAGGGUUUGCCUGCAGUUUACAGUGUAAGAGAGCUAAUACUUCCCUGCUGCCCUUCCUCGGUGUGUUCAGCAGCCUUUCCUGCUGUUUCCUGAGCUCUGAAGCCACUGGGUUGAGCUUUAUUUAUUUGUAAGCUGCAUUACUCAUGGUCCAGGUGACUCAGUAAAAGCUUGUCACUGAAA